AGCUUUGAAUGGUUCACUGGAAAGCAACAACAGAAAUUUGAAACAGCUUAUUGUUAUCGAAUGGGUUCAUAAAACUCGAAAAACUUCAGCAGAACGUGAACAUUUUUGCCCUAUUUUUUCUGUUAAUCCAGUCAGUAUUCAGGAUUCAAACAACCAGUUUAAUAAUUAUUAAUACUUGGUCGUAAGAGGGGAGGAACAACUGGUUUCUUUGGAGCACAGUGGCAGGUGGGAAAGGGUGACAGACGGAGUAACAGCAGCGUUAAUGAAACUAUGUUACAGAUGUCGUUAUAGAAGUGAAUGACUGUAUGUGGAUGACUCUCCCAUUCAUACCAUCUUCCUCAUGCCUGUGCUAGAAUGCAAUGUCAGGUGGAAUGCAGAUGGAUACCGUACGCCAUGUUAGGAUAAAGACUAAGGCCGUGUUGAACAUGCUAAAGCGGUUGGAUAAAAUCCGUUUCCGGGGCCAGCGGCCAGAUGUGUUCCUGGACCUGGGCGACUCGCCGAAUGCAUCUGACACUGAAUGUAUUGAAGAGAUUCCCAUAAAGCCUCGCCCCUCCCUUAAAAUUAAAGACACUGAGGAACAGCAAGACCCAGUGAAUGUCCCUGCUGGUCCAGUGACUCCCGCGAUGGCUGCUGUCGUUCUGGACGACCAGAGGUCUGAGGCGGAUCGGCUCAAUGAGUUGAAAGGUCACCUGGAAAUUGCCUUACUUGAGAAACACUUCCUACAGGAGGAGUUGAGGAAACUUCGAGAUGAAACCAACAUUGAAACCCUGAAACAGGAGUUGGAGAAGGAGAAGUCAAAAAGGCUGGACUUGGAACUGAAAUUGAGCUUAGUGGAAGAUUCUCCAACACCACUAGCUAGAACAACUCCCUCUCCUCUCACCGCCAACGGUACCGGUACGCAAGAAACAGACAAACAGAAGGACACUGCAUACUCGCGGCUGCAGACGUGGCUGUACAACCGGUUCGGAGCGUACAUUGAGGACUUCCGCUUCCAGCCAGAGGAGAACACAGUUGAACCAGAGGAGCCUUUGAGCGCUAAGAGACUGACUGAGAACAUGAGAAGACUCAAGCGAGGUGCCAAACCAGUCACAAACUUCAAGAGAAAUCUUUUUGCCUUAUCCAGCUGGCACUCUGUGUAUACAUCAGCCUUCGCCUUCAUUAUCUACAUGAACGCCGCGUGGCACGGCUGGGCCAUCCCACUCUUUCUCUUUCUAGCCAUUAUCAGGCUGUCCUUGAACUACCUAAUUUCCAGAGGUUGGAGGAUCCAGUGGAGUAUAGUGCCUGAGGUCUCGGAACCUGUGGAUCCCCCAAAGGAAGAUCUGACGGUUUCAGAGAAGUUCCAGUUAGUUCUUGAUGUAGCUCAAAAAGCACAGAAUAUAUUUGGGAAGAUGGCCGACGUCUUGGAGAAAAUAAAGAACCUGUUCAUGUGGGUUGACCCUGAGAUGACUCAGAAGCUCUACAUUGGUCUAUGGGUGGCUUUCAUCUGCUCCUGUCUCCUGCCAUAUAAACUCAUGGGCUUCGUGAUGGGGCUGUACGCAGGCUUCAAGUUCUUCGUUGUCGACUUCAUCUUUAGGAGCUGCCCCAAACUGAGGGACAAGUACGACACUCCUUACAUCAUUUGGACCAGCUUGCCCACGGACCCCCAGCUGAAGGAGCGCGGGGGCGCGUCACUCUCACGACGGCUUUCUGGGUAUGAAAAGAUCCAUCCGGCGGUAGCCCGUGGCAGUCAAGGAAUGGCCGUGCCGUGCGGCACGGGUCUGGAGGAGCCAACGGGCAGGGCCUAUAACACCAAGAAGGGAGCGUUCCACGAGGUCUUCAACCUGUCUGAGGAUGAGCGCCCCCUAGCAGUGUGUGAGAAUGGGUGGCGAUGCUGCUUGAUCAACAGGGACCGGAAGACACCCACUGACUACAUCCGAAAUGGUGUGCUCUAUGUCACUGAGAAUUACCUUUGCUUUGAAAGCUCAAGCUCCAGGUCAAACUCCUCUAAGAAGAACAAAGUCAUCAAACUGACAGACAUCAACGAUAUUCAGAAGUACAAGGUCCUGUCUGUGUUGCCUGGGUCAGGAAUGGGAAUCUCCAUAGCAACGCCGUACACCCAGAAGCCGAUGGUGUUUGGUGCCAUGAUCCACAGGGACGAGGCCUUUGAAGCCAUCUUCACACAGUACAAGAAGAUAGUGACCACCACAGCCACCUGCACUGAGACCUAACACACCAAGAUGGCUGCCUAUACAAGGAACUUCUUUGGCUUACACUGAUGUAGAGAGAGCAAGGUUGUACACACAGUGCCACCGAGGCUACUGGCUAUUUAGGACAUAUGAAAGUAUAUUACUGUUCAUGCCAGGUUGGUGGCAUUGUUCCACCAAGACACUUGGCACAUAGUAUUUGACGAUAGUAUGCGCUUGAUCUAAGGCCUUGUCCAUCAGUAUAGAUCAGGAUCUUGUCACUGAUGACUGUAGCUCCUCAUAAGGUCUGAUUAAUGUAUUACCACACCUGGAGCCACUCACUAUCGCUGCCCCCUGCCACCGAUAGUUUUUAUGGUCGUAGCCUGUAGGGGUUCUCGGGGAGUUUUGGCCUGUGAACCCAUUUUGAAAUCAAAAUGUUUGCGAUCACCCCCAUGGAAAAAAAUAAUGAAAUCUACGACUAGUCUUUAUCGUUUUUUUUACUUGAAGGGAUGUACGGUUUGAAAUGCAGCAAAAAAAAUGGGACGUUCAGGAAAACAUCAAGAUCAUCUAUAACUGUGUAUAUCAUCUGUAUAGAACAGAUCAUAUAUGAUGUUCUUUUCCCUCUAGUCAGCCUGGUCUUGCUGGAAGACGUGUUCUUGGGUAUGCUAGCGUUCAGGAAUGGGGUCGUAAUAUAUUUUUUAUAGUUAAGGUCUUAUUACCAGUAAGAAAAUGCAGAACUCUUUAUUAUAACCCUACCAUGCAAGAUACUGUUUUUGCUUGUGACCCUAUUUUUAAAUCAGACGACCGCACAUGGGUCCGCAACGCCUAGUUUGGGAAACGCUGUUAUAAAGCCUAAUGGGCAAGCCUGAUGUCUUUUUCUAUCCUGGGGUAAGACAUUUUCAACUCUCGCUUUCAUUGGAUGUCAGCCUGUGUGAAUGUUACACGCGUGAGAAUGAGUUGUGGUAAAAAGUGCGUGAGUGUGUGUGUGGCAGUUCGGGGUCAUCCUUUUAUGGACAACUCUGUCCUGCUUCAGGAGGCCGUGUCUCCACGCAUGCCUGAUAGGGCUGUCCGACACUCCCAGUCUAUAUUACAAAUUAGCACUUAUUACUCCACUUAAUUCUCUUUGCCUCUGCCUUUAAUAGUAUUUACUUAAACGAAUAUAAAUAUUGACAGCCUUAUGCAGGUCAUUGAUGUAAUUUUGGCUCCAUGUCAGUUAUGCAGCACACUGUUUUAAUGUUGAAGAAUAAUGCUUAUAUUUAGGAAAACCUUAUGUGCUACUGUAAUGAAAGGUGCUUUAGUGGUCAUUCCAACAAUAGCCUUUAGGUGUAACUGUUUUAUUUUGUUGUUCAGGGACAGAACAGGAAUAAUUGAAUGAAGGGCAGCAAAAAGUCAAAAGCCUGGGGAAUACUGAAGCUAUUCUAGGGAAUAACCUUGUCACAUGCAUUUGUGUCUUUGCAGAGAACAUGUAUGGAUUUGACGUGUACAUGUUAAGGAGUCAUGAUACAGUCAUAAAGCCCCACACGCCAUAAUUCACCACUGAGUACUUCUGAAGCCUUACAGUAUAUUGUAGAACCUUUUUUAUAUGUAAUAUGGCAUUAUACAUAAUUGGUUCUGUCCAACUAUGUAACUCCUUUAGGCGUUCCAGAAUCCUUUGGAAUAUAUUGCAGAACAGGUUACAUUACAUGUGAAGCUAAACCAAAACAAUCAAAUCUCCAAAAAGUAGAAGCCUUUUCUGAGCCUUGUUCACCCACUCAGUGAUGCCUUAUCAAAUGUUCUGACA